AUGUCAUAUCGAAGUUUCUGUGGACCGAAUAAAUUUUCACAGAAUUAUCGACCAAGAAAUUCUACAUAUGAUCAUGAUCGUUGUAAAUUACCAGCUAUUAAUAAUGGAAUAGGAACCAUGUCUAAUAUGAAUCCAUCUAUCUGUAAACCAUCAAUAAUACGUUCUUGUGCACCUCAAACAAAUGACAAUUGUCCAAUUCAUUAUUCAAAUGCUUACAAUAAUGAUUGUAAUACUGGUAUUACGAAUAAUUUAUCUACACAAGUUAAUUGUGCAUCAUCCGGACCAGCAAUUUACCAUGCUCGAACACCUUCAUAUAAUAAUUGUAAAACAAGUUGUCCAUCUAGUGGUAAUACUUCAUUACAAAUAUUUUCGUCUCCACCUCCAACAUCAUCUAUGUGCAAUGAUGUGCAACAAAUACCAACUAAUAGAUGCUGGUCUUCAAAUCAAGUUAUUGGUUGUGAUAAAACAAACCUAACAAAUACGAAUUUGAACAAAAAUCCAAUAAUAAAUAAAAAUAAUAAUUGUCCACAACGACCAAUGAUAUCAAGUUCAGCUGGUUUCAAUUGUUCUCCAUCAAAUUUAAAUAUAUGUGCUGGACCAAAAACUAUUGUACGUGAUCGUCAUUUAGCUAAUGAAAUUCUUCAAAAAGCAGGUAUUUCAUCAAAUAUAACACCAAAUGAUUGUCUUGAAGUAAUUACUGACACACCUGUUACAAUAAAUGAUAAUGUCAAUUGUGAUCCGGAUCCAUUAUGUAUGAAAAAACCAGCGGAUUGUCAAGAAUGUUAUGAACAAUCAAUUGUUGUUCGACAUUUACAACCACCACGACCUCCAGUGCCACCACCAAUUAUUAUCCGUGAACAUUGUGCUCCGCAACCACCACCGCAAUCGCCCAUUGUCAUUCGACAAAUUCCUCCUCGACCAUCAACACCACCACCAUUAAUUAUUCGUGAAUGCCCACCACCAAUGCCUGAUAUACAAGAACCCACAAUAAUUGAACGUGAAGUUCCUCCACCACCACCACCGCCUCGACAAGUUAUUAUCGAACGUUUACCAACACCACCACCAAAACCACGUUCAAUUAUUUUCGAAAAAUGGCUUCCUUAUCAAGAACCUGAAGAUCGACCAUGCAUUGUUGAAAAAGCUGCUAUUAAUGAAAUGCCUCCGCCUAAAAAUCUUAUUAUUCAAUAUGAAGCACUUGAACCACGAAUUCAAUCACAAUGUAUUAAUGAAGGUGUUUCUUGUGUUGAUCCAAAACAAUUUGUAAAUGAUAAACCAAAUGAAAAUGCUGAAAUAUGUUAUGUUGAUCAACUCAAUAAUUUACCGGAUCAUAUCAAAUGUCAACUCAGUCCACAAGCACUUGCUGCUAUUGGCAUUCAAAAUGAUAAUAAAGAAAAUACUAGUAUCAAGUCGUGUGUUGUUCGUACUAAUCCACCUUGUUUCUAUCAACGACAAGCUCGUGUAGCAUGUCCUUCAAUACGUCCAAUGUCAACUGGACAUUCAAUGAUAAGUAAUGGUUGCCAUUCGACAAAAUCAUCUUAUUCUCAAUUGUGUAAUCCAACAAUAUAUCGUCAACAACAGCCAAACAAUCGUGUUCUAUCAACUUCAGCUGUUUGUUUACCUCAAUGUUUUAAUAAAUAUAAUACGAACAUGUUAACACGACCAGGCAAUCAAGGUUUAACCAAUAUAGCUCGAGCACAUUAUAAUCCAUGGGCAACAACAUAUCAAGUAUCAUAUACAAAUAAAGCACGAGGAAUGUGUCGUACACGUUAA